UAGCAAGGCAAUCCUGUCAGCUGCCCGUUGCACGGGAGUGUCGCGCGAGAGAGCGCAAUGGCGGCACUUGCCUUGCUUCUUCUUUCUCUGGUGCAGGCCGAAGCCUCGCUCGAUGCGCAGGCCUAUGCUGAUGUCCUUUCGCAGCCCACCGAGGAGAAAGAGGCUUUCGUGGAGGGAGUGGUGACCAAGACCUUGCAUGGCUUCGUGCUGAGCGAUUCCAGUCUGCAGGACUUUGCUGAACAUGCGCCGCCAACCUAUGACUUGUUGGUGGGCCAGCUGAAGAUCCAACCCUGGAUCUGUGGUGGUGACACAGGACGGUUGUGCUCUGCACCGGCCACCGCGCCGCUGAACGCCCAGGGAUGGCAGGGCGUCUACAGCGACCCGGCCAGCCGGCUCAUCUUCGCGCGACGUGUGGCCAUGGAGCGCCUGGACAAGGAGGUGGUGAAUGCCACGGAGCUCGAGGCGUGGGCGAGGACGGCCCCGCAGGACUUUGAGACGGCGCUGGGGGAGCUGAAGGAUGCUCCCUUCCUCUGCUCCUGGCCGUGCCCCGACCAGGAGGUUCCUGGAAUGGAAGGGGGCAUGACAGAAUCUCAGCGAAGACAAGUCUUUGUGGGCGAACUGGCCUUUGCUUGUCUUUGCCUUCUCGUAGCCUUACUCGUCCUGAUUGCUGGCGCAAUGGUCUAUGCGGACAGGCGUGGAGCUUCAAAGCACGCCGAGGGUGUCGCUUCCAAGAAGAAAGACCUGGAGGAAAUCAUCGAGAGGAGGCUGCGUGAAGAGAGGAAUGUCGAGCACCAGGCGGCUCUCAGGGCCAUGGCACAGAAGAUGGUACCCAUGCAAUCGCAGGUGGCUUCUGCGUCGGCCCAGCCCAUGGGCUACGGCUACAUGCCGGCUCAAGGUUACUAUUCCGCACAAGGGAGCGCGAUGCCGAUGCCUCCGGCUCAGCAGGGCGCCAGAGCGGUGUACACGCCAUCGUACUCUCCAGGCAACAGCGGCCAUGGCGGGCUCGGGCAAAGCGCGCCUCUGAUGGCGUCUCGGCCUGCGGAGUACCAGGCCCCGGAUGUUUUCUCAGUCAGUUGUUCAGCGGCACCCUUUUCUUUUCUCUUUUUUUGGGUGGCUGCCCCACUAAAAAUGGGUUCCCUUUUUUUCCAGGGUCACUGAACAACUGAGCUUUUGUCGGGAGGUUUCCUGAAGCCUCUCCAGGGAAAUACACUCCGCAAGAUGCAAACCAAGGAUUUGGGUCUGUCUCCUAAAUGAUCGGUUUUCUUUGGGUGUCCCUUUCAAAAGACAAAAGGAGCGC